CGUCACAGUUUGGUUUAGACUUUCAAGAUGGACGCUGUACCUCGUCGAUAGGUUUCUGUUUCUUUUUCGGAAUGGACCUUAACUGCGUAGCUGGUCGCUCCAUGAAGACCGAGGGAUCUUUCUGGUUCACGAGGAUUUCUUGCAUAUGAAACGAAAAGCGUGGAUUUCAGUGGAUAUUUUGUGUUUCUACGCGUUUGGACAGUCGGGGUUAUUUUUUUAACUUCCUGGUUGUCGUAUGAUCAUGUGUGUCGAAACUGGGCGACGGAUCAAGUUACUUUGAAAAGGCUUUAUUGAAAACAGUGUACAUGGGGUUUAAAAAAUCCGCCGUAAUGUAUAAAACAAGAGACAACAGUUUUCAACGAAGGGCAAAGGGAGAACGACUGAUUUCAUAACUGGUCAGCAAUGGAAAGUGCCAAUGGUGCCUCGAGCAAAGGUGUUUUAGUACCUGUGCCAGAAGCUUCUGACGUAUUUCAGAAGAAUAUUUUGGCCCCACUCAAAAGUGCGUACUUGUAUGAAGAAUCUAAACAGUCUUUUGAAUACAAGUCCGCUUUCUUGUUGAAAAACCCUAAACUAGAAGAAAAGUAUAAUGACUUCCGAGCAAAAAGAAGAGCAGCAGGAUAUUCAGAAGAGGAUCUGAAGGAAUCCUACGGUUUCCUGCUCUUUGAUGAUGUCAACAAGGCUAACACUCUUGGAGAAACUGGCGUAUUAACAGGAAACAGCACUUGCACAACUCUGGGAGAUCCUUCAAAGGGUAUCUACAUAUCAAUGUACUCUGACUGUUUGGAUCUCAAUCGCUGGUAUCAUGGGAAAUCUGGAUACAUUGCCAUCCUCAAGCUGACAAAGGGGAGAGUUAGAAAGACUCUUGAAAACUACACCCAAACCUUCACCGUGCCCACUGUGGGGUUUGACUGCCAUGUGUCAGAACAGUUGCCCUCAGUAUCUGACAAAACCAGCUCCUUUCUUGCCUUUGAAAGAACCCAGUACUAUAUGUAUGAGCUGCUGGAUAAUGGAAGCAGUGAGACGUCUCCAUCUCCCAGUGCCGCCUGCCCUUAUGCCAUUGUAUCAUUUUCAUACACGGAUACCAAAGCAACGCCUGUAGCACCCCAUCAGGAAAGUGAGGAGAAAAAACUGAGUAAGUUUCAUUAAAUUGGUAACAAACCUGGUAUGGCUUCACUCUGUAUAAUGUUAUAAAACAGAAUAACUAUUACCCUGCUAUAAGGUAGUUCAAUCUAAUAACCAGCACGCGUGAACUGCUGUCGGAAUAGUAUUUCUUGCUAACAAAUACACCGCUGCAUACUUAAAAAAUCGUUCACGUGACCGUUUAAAAGAUUUAAAGGGGACAUAUUGUGAAAAAUCCACUUUUACAAUGUUUUUGAACACAUAUUUGGGUAACCUGAGUGUCUACCAGCCCACAAAAUAUGAAAUGAAUCCAUCCAGUCCUUUGUUUGUAGUCUGCAUAAGUCUUACAACACGGAGAAGAGUGCUCCUUUUCAAAUUUGCUCUCCUUGUGAUGUCACAGUGGGAUUCUGGUAAAAAAAAAAGAAAAUCCCCUCCCCUGAUAUCUCCACUCAUGGACUACAUCCCCAGCCUAGAGCAAAACUUUUGCACAAGUCCGCCAUUUUUAGUCCUGCUACAGAGGAUUGAUGUUUACGGGGAAAACUCAGGGGGGGCUCAUUGUGUUUAAAGAGACACACACACCAAAACAGAGCGUUCUGAGAGAGCUGGUCACAAACCUCCUCUGGUGCUUGAUUCAUGUUAUAUUUUAACCAAAGCACAGCACAUGUGUUUCAUUUAGACCACAGGGGACUGUUUGAAAAGGUGGAAAAGGGGGUAUAAUAUGUCCUCAUUAAAUACUUUAUUUGUAGAAUUUAUACGACCUUUUUUUUUUACUGAA